AUGAGCGACGCGGUUAAGAAGCGCGCAGUUGCUAAAGUGGACGCUAUGGCUCAAAAGAUUGGGUAUCCUACAGCGAAUCCUAAUGUGGCCGAGGUAAAUGCCUAUCAUAUUUACGAGCAAAACGAGAUCGUGUUUCCGGCUGGGAUCAUGCAGUCGCCCUUUUUCGGCUUAGGAUAUCCCGAGUACGUCAACUAUGGCUCCUGGGGCAUGCUUGCGAGCCAUGAAAUCAGCCACGGGUUUGACAACUUAGGUCGUCACUACGAUGAGUCGGGAAACAAGGUGGAGUGGUGGGACAACGCCACAAUCGUUGAUUUCGAAAAGCGAGCACAGUGUUUCAUCGAUCAAUACGACCAAUAUCAGAUCAUCAACUCGGAUGGAAAAGCCGAAAACAUCACUGGAAUAAGUACCCAAGCCGAAACCAUCGCUGAUGCUGGUGGCGUGAGUUCUUCCCCAACUGGUGACCUUUCUAUGGGCAUCAAUCUGACAGAUCUUGCUGCAGCUCGCAACAUCGUUCCGAGCAUGGAAAAAGCGUGA